AUGAAUACAGAACCUUCGAGAUUAUCAGGGGAGGAUGAGUUGUAUGUUGGAGGGAUCGUCUCGUUGACGGAGAACUCUCUCCAAAAGAACAACAUCACACAUAUUGUCAGUGUUCUGAAGUACGAUUUCAAGAACUUCAAUAUCGAUUGGAAUAAGUACAAACACCUCCAGAUCGAAGUAGAUGAUGUAGAGGACGAGAAUUUACUGGGUGAAUUUGAGACGACAGGAGCUUGGAUUGAAGAGGCUCUAAAGGGUAAUGGGAGGCUUGAAGGUGAUGAGAGUGAGAAGAAGAAGAGUGCUGUGCUUGUUCAUUGCGCGAUGGGUCGCUCCCGUUCUGUAACCAUUUUAAUCGCCUACCUCCUCCGUCAAUAUCCCUCACUCACUCCCCAUACUGCGCUUGCACAAAUUCAACAAACACGACCUUUCGCUGAGCCUAAUGAUGGAUUUAUGGCGCAGCUCCAGUUAUAUCACGAAAUGGGCUGCCCGAGAAACAUAGAUGAUCAGCCUAAGUAUCAAAGAUGGCUGUAUCAAAGAGAGGUUGAGUUGGCUGUGGCCACUGGAGGACGACCUGAUUGGGUAAGAUUUGAGGACGAAGAAGAGCAGGAUAAACAGAAGGCAGACGGUAAAGAAAAGGAGAUCAGAUGUAGAAUGUGUCGCCGCAACCUCGUCACAACCCCUUACCUGAUACCUCACACACCCACCUCAAAAUUCACAUCUUCUCCCACCUCCCUCGUUAAUCCUCAGACAACACCCAUCUCCUCCCUUGCUUCCACUCCCCACCACAGCACUUGUACUCACCAUUUCUUGCACCCUCUCUCCUGGAUGCGUCCCGAACUCGAACUCGGAAACUUAUCCGGAAGACUCGAAUGUCCAAACCAAAAAUGCAAAGCCCAAGUUGGAAAGUAUGCUUGGCAGGGAAUGCGAUGUAGUUGUGGUGUAUGGGUUUGCCCGGCUUUCAGUUUGUUAAAGGGAAGAUGUGAUGAGGUCACGCUCGGAAAGAGGGUGGAAGGUGGGAGCGGGGGUAUUAGGUUGCCUCCUGGGAUGAGAGGAAGCGGAACUACGCUAGAUAGGGAGAAGGGGAGUUUGUAG